AUGGAGGAGGUAAAAUACCGGGUGAGAGUAGACAACGAACUUUCGUCACCAUUUACGGUGGAUACGGGCCUGAAGCAAGGCGAUUCGUUAUCUCCCCUAUUGUUUAACCUAGCUUUGGAGAAAGUGGUUAGAGAACUUCAAACUAAUGAAGGUGGUAUCCAGGUAAACGAAAAUAGAAUACGGGUUCUAGGUUUUGCGGAUGAUUUGGAUAUUCUGGGCGAAUCCUUAACGGACGUAGCGAACGCAACCAGAAUCUUGAGUAAUGAGGCAAAGAAAAUAGGAUUACACAUCAGUGAUGAUAAAACCAAAAUAAUAGAGCUUCUAGGAAGUGGUGAAAACCCCAGAGAUACGGAAGAUUUUAUGUAUGAAAAAGUUGAAGACUUUAAGUAUCUGGGUGCGACCCUGAGUACGAAAAAUGAUUGA